AUGGAGGAUGGAGAUAAUGAUGAUGCGGUGCCGAAAGUCACCGAGCAAAUAAGAGAAGUGAUUGCUGAAGAGGUAGGAAAAGCAAUCGAAAACAGUUUGUCGGGUUUCAUCGAUAAAAUCCAAAACACGGUGUCAUCAGUGGUGGAUGAAAGAAUUAAGAAAUUGGAGGAUAAUGCCAAUUUAGCUAAGGAGAAAUUGGGAGAGCGUAAGGGUUGCUCGUACAAAGAAUUUAUGGCAUGCAAACCACCACUCUACAACGGAGAAGUGGAUCCGAUAGUGUGCCAAAGGUGGUUGAGUGAUAUAGAAGGGGUGUUUGAGAGAACCCACUGUGACACGAAUGACUUCGUGGCGUAUGGCACGGGUCAACUGAGAGGUCAAGCAAAAGACUGGUGGGAUAAUAAGAAAAAGGAAAUUGGUAGCGAAGAGGCAAAGGCGAUGACAUGGGACGAGUUUAAGGUACCAUUCCUUAAACAUCACAGUCCCAAAGCGGUUAUCAAUCGAAUCAAAGAAGAAUUUAUCCAGCUUAGACAGAAGGGCAAAUCUAUUGAUAAGAUCACAGGAAUCUUUCUCGACAAACUAAGGUUUUGUGAUGAAUUGGUGACAACCGAAGAACAGAAGGCACGCACAAAUGACUCAUCAAAGAAGCAAGAAGGAAAAAGUAGUUCCCCAAGUUGUAAAGUAUGCGGGAAAGGGCACAAGGGUGAGUGCCGGUUUAAGGACAAGCCGUGUCCUAUAUGUGGGAAGACAGGGCACACGGCUGCGUUGUGCCCGGGGAAAGUGUCGGUGUGUUACAAAUGUUAUCAGCCGGGUCACAAGAAAUCCGAGUGCCCGGAGUUGAUCGGAAAGAAAGAUGACAAGAAUACACUUAAUGAGGUACCGAGAGCAAAGGCAAGAUCCUUCCAGUUAACAGCAGUGGAGGCAAAAAUGGAACCCGAUGUGGUCUCAGAUUGUAAGAUAAGCAUUGACGAUGAGGAAUAUUCAAUAGACUUGAUUCCUAUGUCAAUGGGGGAAUUUCAUGUAGUGGUCGGGAUGGAUUGGUUAUCCUGA